CCCCCUCACGAGUCACGACCUUUCCACUCUCUUCGUUGCAAUUUUCUUUCAGAAAGUUUUCGAUUCCUCCAAAGUUUCGCGAGAAACGAACGCAAUUGAACUUUAAUAAUAUCUCGAAAACAUUCAUUGCGGCGAUUUCUCAUUCAAAUUUUUGGUCGUGAUUUGAUUGAAUGGUUGUGUUCUUGAUUCCGGAGUGGUUUCUCGAAGAGUUUGGCAAAUGUCGAGCAGGAGAUUCGCUGUUGGUUAUGCUUUGGCGCAGAAGAAGCAGCAGAGCUUUAUCCAGGAUUCCCUGGUGAGCAUGUGCGGGGAGCGUGGGAUAGAUCUCGUGAAGAUCGACCAAGAACGGCCGCUGGUGGAUCAGGGGCCGUUCGACUGCGUACUGCAUAAAUUGUACGGCGAUGAUUGGAAGGGGCAACUGGUGAAUUUUCAGGCGAAGAAUCCUAAUGCGGCGGUCAUUGACUCGCCGGAAGCGAUUGAGCGCCUACAUAAUCGGAUUUCGAUGCUCCAGGUGGUGUCAGAGAUCAAAAUCGAGGACCAGAACGACACCUUCGGGAUACCAAAGCAGAUUGUGAUCUACGACAAGGAGACGCUUUUCGAUCGGCAGGCAUGGGAGUUCCUGAAGUAUCCUGUUAUUGCGAAACCCUUGGUGGCGGAUGGCACCGCCAAAUCUCACAAAAUGGUGUUGGUUUUUAACCACGACGGGCUGAACAAGCUAAAGCCCCCUAUUGUCUUGCAAGAAUUCGUGAAUCAUGGUGGGGUGAUCUUCAAAGUAUAUGUGGUUGGGGAGUAUGUGAAAUGCGUGAAGAGGAAGUCCUUGCCUGACGUGUCGGAGGAGAAAUUGAAGACUCUAGAGGGCUCCUUGUCGUUUUCUCAAGUCUCGAAUCUGGCGACCCAUGAAAAAAAUGACGAUAAGUACUACAAAUUGAUGCAGUUGGAUGAUACUGAGAUGCCACCGCAGAAUUUUAUAUCUGAUAUUGCUAGGGGCUUGAGGGGACUAAUGCAAUUAAACCUGUUUAACUUCGAUGUGAUAAGGGACACAAGGAUUGGAAACCGUUAUCUUAUCAUCGACAUAAAUUACUUUCCUGGGUAUGCUAAAAUGCCGUGUUAUGAGACAGUAUUGACUGAUUUCUUCUCAGAUGUGGUGCAAAAGAAAGGAUGUGCUGUGGGUAGGAGUUUCAGUGGAGGAGAGAGUGAAGAACCGCUUGGUUUGGAUACAAGAUUGAUGCUUAGUUGUGAGAAGGAGGUGAGGAAAAUUGUUAGCAAUACUUGCUGCAGUGAUGGGGAAGAGAAUGAGAGCAUCAUUCAAGUUUGACUGAAAUUGUAGCGAAGAGCCAGUGUUUCUCUGGUUGUCUGGUAAUUAACUUUUUUGGGUGGCUGGAAGGCGCUCAAGCAUUGGGACGCUUGAGCCAGUUUGUGGACAGAAUGGUGGUGUUAAUUUGCUUUCAGAUAGAAUUUGGUACAGUGGCAGAUAUUAGGUCCAUCUUGGACUUAGGUUUUAGCCUCUUGAUAACUUUACAUGGUGUUUCUGCGUUGAUCAUGUACAUUCAUGUCCACCAUUGCUCUGGAGAUAGGUAUCUCUCUGUUAACUUUCUAGGAAAGUUAAAUUGUAUUUAGAGGCUUUAGUGUUUGCUUUGCUUAGAAGCCUUUUCAGUUGGUGCCCGCACAUGUGCAAAUGCAUUUUUCCAAUUUUGUCAAUGGAAUUUUCAACUUUAAUUCU